AUGCAAAGUCCCAGACCAGAGCAGAUGAGGGGACUUCUGGAGCCUGAGAGGACCAAGACACUGCUGCCUCGGGAGAGUAGGACCUGGGAGAAGCCUUCCCAUCCUGCCUCCCCCAAGGACUGGGAAGCAGUGGAGGUCGGGGCCUCCAACUGUGACAGUGAUGAGAAAGACCUGUCUUCUCAAGAAGCUGGGUUUUCCCAGGAGUGGAGUUCGGUUGAGGAAGACGAAGAAUCAGAGGACUCCCAGGGCUUUGUGGAGUGGUCAAAAGCGCGACACACAACCAUAGUCUUGGUAAUGGGUGUGCUUUUUUUGUUCUUAGUUUUAACAGGAAUGCCUACGAUGUUUCACAUUUAACUUAUAAUGCUGGCUGUUGUUUUGAAAUAAAUGCCCUGUGUCAUGUUAAGGAAGUGUGUCAGUUAAAAAUCAGGAAUGGGUAUUGAAUGUUAUCAAAUGCCUUUCAACAUCCUUUGAAAUAAUUUUUUUUUAACUUUUUGGUGUGAAAUUUCA